CUGACUAUGCAAGGAUGGACCCCACUAGGAGGCGGGGACCGUACAAAAAAUACUUGCGGGUCGCAGGAGAACGACUUCCUCGAGAAACGUUGCGACGCUGGGAAGCCUCAGCUACCACAUCCAGUGGAAGUGCCACUGCGCCUGCCAUCAACAGUGUGGAUGAAGCUGGGCCCCCUGCAUUGGUGGACAGUGACUUUUCUUCACCUUUGCCAUCUGGCAGUGACUUGGAUGACUUGAGCUGCUCCGAUGUUGACGUAGCCAGCUCUGAGCAGGACACCAGCUCUGAUACAGAUGGAAGCUCGGAGACUGAUAAUGACCCCACAGAACCAGUCGAUUCAGAUACAUCUGAGGGAGUCAACAACAGUGGGUCUCCGCUUUUUCUAGGAAGUCCAUUCACAAAUGUUCAAGCAUGUCUUGUUAUUAUGACUUUGUUUUUCAAGUUUCGGUUGACAAGGGAAUGUCUUGGCCAAAUCUUGUUCAUAUUUUCCGCACUUCUGCCUCCAUGCAAUACUCUGCCAUCAACUACAUUCAAAUUCUUCAAGUUAUUCUCGCAAUUCCAGAAAGGCACAGGCUUCGAAAGCCACUUUUUCUGUUCAAAUUGUCAUGUGUACUUGGAAGAAACAACUAUGACCUGUCCGAGCUGCUCCCAGGACUGCCAGAGCAAAGGAACUUUUUUGCAGGUGAGGUUGGCUGAGACUUUGCGAUCAUUCCUUGAGCAGGAUAGAAUUUACAAAUAUUUUGUCAGCACAGAAAGAACCCCUGGUGAGCCGAUUACAGACAUUGUUGAUGGUUUUUUGUACCAAGAACAAGUUGAUUCCACAUCAAGAUUUAAUUUUUCACUUCUGUGGAACACUGAUGGUGUGCAAGUGUUUAAGAGCUCCGUAAAGUCCCUCUGGCCUGUUCACUGUGUGAUUCCGGAGCUGCCACCUCUCCUUCGAAAAAAGUUUCAAAUCUUAACUCUCUUGUGGUUUUCCACAAAGCCACUGAUGAAUACAUUUUUGAGACCUUUCUGCUCAGAGCUGCAGGAUCUCGCCAGCCAUGGCCUCACAUGGCGGCACCCUGAAACAGGCAAGACCAUGGUGUCGUAUAUUAAAGCUCCAGUAUCAUCUGUGGAUGCUGUUGCACGGGCAAUGCUGCAGAGAAUAAGGCAGUUUAAUGGUUCCUUUGGGUGCUCGUUCUGUGAACACCCAGGGAAGUCCUGUCCUUUGCCAAGGAAAGGGCAUGUCCAUAUAUAUCCCCCUGGAAGAAGUCACACACUAAGGAAUGGCAACAGGAUGAGACGGCAGGCUGUAGAAGCAACCAGGAAAGGACACGCAGUAAAGGGUGUAAUAGGUCCAACCAUUCUCAGCCUAAUACCAUCCUUUGACUGUAGUAGUGGCUUUAUUGUCGACUACAUGCAUUGUGUCCUCCUAGGUGUUGUUAGAUCAUUUCUCUGUCUGUGGCUUGACUCGAAGCAUCAUGGACAGCCGUGGUACUUGGGGCGGAAGGCAGGUGCGAUUGAUGAAAGGCUCCUUUCAGUUAAGCCACCGGAUUAUAUUACACGAACACCUCGCUCUGUCAAACAUCGUUGCUAUUGGAAGGCCAGUGAGUUGCGUGCCUGGCUCUUAUUUUAUUCUUUCCCUGUGUUGUGCAACAUUCUUCCACCUGUCUACAUGCAACAUUUCAUUCUCCUCAUUGGUGCAAUCCACAUGUUGCUAUCUGAAUCAGUGUCUCAUGAAGAAAUUGAUCUCUCAGAAAAAUUGCUAUUGAAGUUUGUUGAUGGUGUUAAAGACCUUUACGGAGAGAGAUUUUGUUCAUUUAACGUGCACCAGUUAACACAUAUUGCCUUGUCUGUGAGAAAUUGGGGACCUCUUUGGUCAACAUCAGCAUUCUUGUUUGAAAAUAGAAACGGGCAGUUGCUGCGCCUUAUUAAGGGAACUCAAGCUGUUGAAAAGCAAUUGGCUAGCUUGGUUGGCGUUAGCGAUGGACUAAGUGUUCUGCAGAAUCAAGUAGCACCCCUUUCUCCCACUGAUUUUCUAUUACGCAAGAUAGAGAAUGUGCAUUUCACAAGGCAGUCAACCCACAAUGCUGUUUUAUACCAUGGUCGGCCAUGUAAAGCAGGCCAUGCUGUAAUGAAUGCAUUAACUUCUUUUUUCACGGAUACAAGUGACUUGGCUAUUUACAGGAAGGUAACUGUAGGCUCCAACACAUUUUGUUCUAAACUGUGUACAAGGCAGAUACGUAGGAACAGUUACACAGUAAUGUACAUAGUUGAUGAAGAGAAGUUUUUUGCUUCAAUUCAUGCUUUCGUUGAGCAUGCUGGGCACCUGUACCUAGUUGUCAAUAAAUUUUUGGAGCAAGAUGUGCAUUGCAGGCAUGAAGAGACUGGAUUUUCAGUUCGCCAUAUUGUUGCUGUUGUGCCUCGUAAUGACCUUGCAGUAAUUCCCGCUCCUAAUGUGAUGGUGAAAUGCAUACAAGUUUUGGACUCGGUGUGCAUUUCCCCUAAUUCCUAUGAAAUGAACCUGUAGAUUGCAGAUUAAAUUUAUUUUCAUUGGAUUGUACAGAGGAAUAGUUCAGCUGUGUUUAUAAUGUACAUUUCGUUGUGUGUUAUAUGCUAGUGUGGAGGCUUGGUAAGCCAUAAAAUAAUAAGCCAUAAAUUCUAAUAAUCAACCUUUUUCUGCCAUGUGCAUGAAACUGAUUUUUGAAAGAAUAUUUCACCAGUGUAAACUUACUUUGGGUGUUGCUCUCUAGUGUCCCUUUAAUUAAAAGUCUGCAUGUUGUGUUAUAUCCUUUUUGACUUUGGCAGCGCUUAACCUUUUAAGUAAUAGGUCUCAUAAGUAGGCAACAAAUGCUAUUUUCAUUAACUGCACACUAGAAUAAAGAAUAUAGUGCUGAUUCCAAAUGACAUAUUUGGCAAACUCAAACAUUCUGUGUGAACUUUGCUACUGACAAGAACUGCAUUACUAUGCAGUUCACAUCUCUUGAUGCUUCACUGUACUGAGUGAACUGAUUUGCUGGCAAACUGACUCUCGUCCUUGACAAAGUGCAUGUUGAAUAAUGUUCGAUAAUUCUGGCACAUUUCCUGAAUGAGAAGGGAGCUAGUGAAUGUAGUAUCAAGAAGGAAAGGCUUGUUUGUGUUGGUCAUUUUUAUGGUUGUGGGGUGUUUGUUUUUCUGAAGAGGAGAUGCAGCAUGAGGAAGCUCACAGCAGUUUGUACAUAUAGGUUAUGAAUGUCUGAAGCUUUUUUUUAAAAGAACUGGGCACAUUCUGUUUGUUGUGGAUGCCAAAAUGCAUGUAGAAAAAAGCUGUGUAAUUCUACAACUGCAAAGCUACCACAAUGUGAACAGCCAACUUGUUGUGAUGGCUUUGUCUGAUGAUCAUUGUUGUGCAUUGGUGAUGCUUCUGCACAAGUAGCACACCUAAUUCUCAAAUAUGCUAGUGGCCACAUGAUACUCUUUCAUUUGGAGCAUCAAUGUGUACUCAACCACUUGUAAACAAACACUAAAAUUUUCUUCCACUGCAUUACAAAUUGCAGCAGAACUUCCUGUACGAAUACUUUUUUAGUUUCAUAAUCUAAACCUACCAAAGUUUUUCUUGGUUAUAAAUCAAUUUGUUGUCCUUUAUCUCUUUUUAAUCUAGGUGUUUCAUGUGAUAAUUUUUGAGUGUGGAACUGGCAU